AUGCGAAGGUGCAUUCAUGUCAUCCUGCAGGCGGAAUUCUCCACGAGUUUUGAGCAGCCUCGGUUUUCCCACCACCUCCAAAUCAUGCAAGACACAGGGGAGACCUUCGGGGUGCAACCUGGCUGGGGCGGGGCGGAGGUGGAGGGCCUGGCCGGAGCGGGCCUGGCUACGGGCAGGGGACAGCGACCGCCUAGGCCGGGGCAGGUGAGCGUGGCGCAGGCCCCGGCCCGGCGUGUCCGCGGUGCGCGCGAGCGGCCAGCAGAGGGCGCCAGAGAGCCAGGAGCGGCCCGCGGAGGAGCCGCGCCGGCCCGGUUGCCCAGCUCCGCGCCGCGCGGACCCUCCGAGCCCGCGCUCAGACGCCCCAGCUCCGCCGAGAGGCCGCUCGCGCCGGGUCCUUCCUCUUCCCCAAGUGCAGGCAGAGCCCCCAGAGCCAUGGCCAGCCCUUCCGGCAGCUCCGAAGCCACUGGCAAUCCCCGAGGCAGGGAUGGCCGGCCCAGGAGGGAGGAGGACGACGUCCCUCCCGGGGAGAAGAGGCUGCGGCUGUUGCUGGAGGGGGGAAGCGCACAGCCCGAGGACUGCGAGGACGGAGAGGACGCGCCGCGGCCGGGCAGGGAGGAGACCGGCACCCAGACAGGUGGCGACGGCAGAGGAGGGAACAAAGCAGCAUCAUCCCACUAUUCCAGGGGAGGUGCUAAAUAUGAGGGUGAGGCUGUCAAGCGGUCCCUGGUGGAGUCCUACACUCACCCGAACAGCAAGGAGACAGAGCGGAGGGAGAACAUCGAUACCGUAUUGAACUGGUUCACCAAGGAAGACUUUGACUUUGUGACUCUGUACUACAGAGAGCCAGAUAACAUGGGACAUCGAUUCGGGCCAAAGGCAGAGAACAGGAAGUUGAUGAUUCAGCAAAUCGACAGGACCAUCGGGUAUCUGGUGGGAGCCACUGAGAAGCACAGCCUGCAGAGCACCUCAGCGUCAUCAUCACAUGAGACCAUGGGAUGACCACCGUGAAGAAGAGACCCAAUGUCAACAAGAUCCCUUGUCCAACUACAUCAAGUUCAGGGACUGCGUCAAGUUUGAUAUUGUGGGCUAUGGUGGCUUUGGGAUGCCCCUAACCAAAUUGGGGCAAGAGGAAGCCCUUUACCAGGCACUGAAGAAUGUGCACCCUGACCUCCACGUCUACAAGAAGGAGUUUCCAGAACACUUCCAUCUCGCUAAACAUGACCAAAUUCUGCCAAUCGUGAUGUAUGCCAACUGUGGUUACAGUAUCAAUGGGGUAAGUUCAUUCUAAAAUGAAUAAAGUCACUUUGGAACUAGGAGACAACCAUUAGGGAAGGGUGGUUCUGCAAAAAUCAAACAUAAGUGCACAGCCAGGCACGGUGGGUAUCACCUGAGGUCAGGAGUUUGAGACCAGCCUGGCCAACAUGGUGAAACCCCAUCUCUACUAAAAAUACAAAACUUAGCCAGGCGUGGUGGCGUGCAUCUGUAGUUCCGGCUACUCUGGAGGCUGAGGCAGGAGAAUCGCUUGAACCUGGGAGGCAGAGGUUGCAGUGAGCCAAGAUCAUGCUACUGCACUCCAGUCUGGGCAACAGAGUGAGACCCUGUCUCAAAAAAAUAUAAUAUAAUAAAACAAAACAAAAUAAAAUAAAAUAAGUGCACACACUACGAGUUGUAGCCCAUAGGGUCCUAAAUGUUCCCCACCCCCCGCCCAACCAAUGCUGCCCCAAAUUACCAUUAUACAAGAUUAAUGACCAAUUCAACUUGACAAGGCUGAUUUAAAAAUAAAAAUAAGGCUGGCCAUGGCGGUUCACACCUGUAAUCUCAGUGCUUUGGGAAGCCAAGACAGGAGGAUUGCUUAAGGCAAGGAGUUCAAGACCAGCCCAGGCAACAUAAGGAGACCCCAUCUCUACAAAAAACAAACAAAUAAAUAAAUAGCCAGACAUGGCGAUGCAUGCCUGUAGUCCCAGCUACUCAGGAGGCUGAGGUGGCAGGAUUUCUUGAGCCCAGGAGGUCAAGGCUGCAGUAAGCUGUGAUUGCACCACUGCACUCCAGCUUGAGCA